GGCGGCUCUCAGUUUGUGUCGGAUCUCCGUCGCAGUCGUUUCGUGACAACGAGUCUAGUCGUGCUGCGCUCCGUUUUUCUCAUUCUCUCCUUCUCUCUCUUUCUCUCUCUCCACCUUUCUCUCUCCGUUUCUUCCCUGGUCCCUCCCUCCCUCCCCCUGCAGUUCGUUCGCAACUCGCUCAUCCCUCUGACCCUCCCUCCCCCCUCCUCCCUCCCCCGUCAACGACACCGAGUUCCGCCCAGCGGGAAGCAGCCACGAUUUUCUUCUUCGAACGAGGCGACGCGACGCGUCCUCGAUUCUCGUCGUCCGCGCUUCGUUUUGUGGCGCGUGCAUGUGUAUGUGUGUGUGUGUAUACAUGUGAAGUAUAUUUCGGCGAUAGAAAAGUACAAUCGAAAAUACAGAGGAAAAUCUGGAAGCAGCGUGUGAGGAGUUUAAACGUCACAUCGUCGUUGAACGGCUGUCUGUUGUUAUUCUCGUUCCCCGGUCGCAUUAUUUAUCGAGUUGUCGAGGUAUCUCUCUCAUCAGUCUCGUCGAGGUAGUGCGCGGCGCUUCUUGGAUACGCGGUCACGUAUGCACGCAUGGACAAGCAACGGCGACGCGGCACUGCCCAAUGAUGGCCGUGCCGGGCAUUACCGUUGACGUAGUGAUGUAUUAUUAGUGGUGCGCGUCGCGGGAAAGUGCUGUGUGCCGCUCGCUGUCUCUCUCUUUCUUUCUUUCUCUGUCUCUCUCUCUCUCUGCUUCGCCGCUCACUUCAGUCCGUAUCUCGGCGUGGCGUUACUCGAUAAUAACGCGGAGUGUGCUCCUCGUCGUCGCGGAAAUCAGUGAUCGCGGCAAAGGGAAGGCAGGCAAACGCGGUUUACAAAAUACGCGUAUUUUCGCUCCUCCCUCUCGCCUUCCCGCCCACGAGUUUCACGCAGUGAGAGUUUCAUAUCAGUGCACGACGAUAACGACGACGACAGUUUCGUUCGCUCUCUGUGUCUCUGUGUGGAUUAUCAUAUUUGGAUAUACUCGUAUUAUCGUAUUUGGAUACUGCGAUCAGCGAUCCCCGUCGCGGCUCACGUCCAGCCAGCCAACCCAUCGCCAGACUACGGCCCGAGAUCGCGAUUCCGCCUGGCGAACUCUGUCCCUCGGAGAGCCCCGUGAGUGAAAGGAAACGCGGAAACGGAGCUUCCCUCCGGCAAUUACCGAGACGAUCUUUCACGUCGCCCGGAAAGCGGAGCUUGGGGAUAAGGAUCGACGAAUGGGAAUUUAUACGUUUUAAAUUCAUCCCUGUGGGCAUCACAUGUUAUGAUAUAACACCAGCCUGUACAACGAUCGUUCGACGUAUGGCACUGCAAUGAGCAAGAUGCAGAGACAAAGCCGGCGUAGCUCGGAGGUGGAGGUUGCGCUUAUGCGCCCUGUAAGCACAGCUGGCUAAUAGCCUCGAAGCCCGUCCCCGACACCCUGCAGCCACACCAGAUUAGCAGUUGGCGUGACAUGGAUGUGAGCUUCACGAACGUGUUAGAGGGGGCUCGCCAGUACUUCCAGGGACUGCCCGUACCGAGUACAGGUAGUGGCGCGGCCACGUCGGUGGAUCACAAUCUCCACUCGACAUCCUCCACGAAUCCCGCCUCGUCCACGUCGGCGACAACGCAUGAUCAUGAUGCACCGUCGCAGCCGACACAAUCAACUCAGUCAAUUUCGACUUCCGCCAAUAGCAGCAGCAGCAAUAGCAAUGUCCAGGAGUCGAAUCGUUACCCUGCCGACGUUAGACCUUCGUCGUCCGUGGAGAGUAGCAAUGCGACUGCCGGAUCUAGCUUCUGGAAUCCACACGUGGAGCCAUAUGCGCCGCAGCCGACUAGGGUCGAAGUCCCGGAUACGAGGCCAGGCGACGAAGGCUCCGCCAUGGAGCCCAGCUCCUCCUCGGGCACUAUCACUUUAACCGAGAUGCAGCCUUCGAAUUAUCAAUUCUCCUCCUCCUCCUCCUCCUCCGCUGCCGCAUCAUCGUCGAAUUUUUCGCAGAGACCGCCACUAACGUCAUCAUCAUCGUCGACCACCUCGUCCUCCAGCGAUCACAAUCAUCACCAUCAUCAAUCUCAUCUUUCAACGUUGAACUCGUCAUCGCAUUUGCAUCAGAUGCAACCACCCCAACCGCCACAUUCCCCUGGACCAGUGUACCAGCAACUUAGUAAUGUCAGCAGGACGUCCUUCAGUGCGGCAGAGAUGCUCGCCUCUUCCUCAUCGCAUUCUGCUUCAACGUAUCAGGCUGCCAAUAACGAUAGACAAUCGCAGCCGAUUGUUGCGCAGAGGACUCAGUACUACCCACGCUACCAUCAUCCAGACAUCACGAAAUGCGCACCGGCUCCGUAUUCGCAGAGUUCUAUUUAUCAGUCCGCCAAUGUAGCGCAGCCUCCGAGUAUGGUUCAACAACCGAGCACAAGACCGACGCCAAUAGAGCAGAAUAAUACGACAGCAUCACCCAAUGUCGUUACUCAAGGACAUUGUCCGCCAGAACAGCAACGAAUACCUGGUACUUAUGGCAACAACAUGCCACUUGCUCAGAGUUCUCUCAAUGGAUCCUCGGUAUAUGGAUCUGGUUCCUCCUCUUCAUCCUCUCAGAGUUACCGUCCCACGAACCAGUAUCAGCAGCAGGCCCAUCGUCUGACCGCUUCCAUUUCGAGCGUCAAUGACAGGUCUCAUAAUUCGGAUGGGUUGCACUCUUCCACUGCCGCUUGCUCUUCAUCGUCGCAGGCGGUCAGUCCGCGUCAGCCUGGACCAGGAAGUUCCUCCUCCAAUCACAUUCCUUUGCAAUCGCAGUCGCAGAAUCUUCCGGGUCACAUUCCUUCACCGCAUCUGCCGUCCGCUGCCACUUCGGUACACUAUCAUCAGCAGCAGCAGCAGCAGCAGCAGCAGCAUCAUCAUCAACAAUCAUCGUCUCUACAGCAACAGCAGCAACAGCAGCAGCAGCAACAUCAUCAACAAUCAUCGUCUCUACAGCAACAGCAGCAGCAGCAACAGCAUCCUAGUCGUAUAAAUGCAUCGCCACACUCGCACGGUUCCUCAUAUGGAGGCCGCAUAGUGCCGCUGCCACCGCACGGUGUUCCAUCGUCAUCCUCCUCUGUCGCCAUGGCGGCGAAUCAUUCGCAGCAGCAACAGAUGCCACCACCCCCGAGUGGAUAUCACGUAGGAACGACGCCGUCACCGCAUCAUGAACCGUCGCCACGUCACGCUACUCCGUCGCCGCAUCACGCGACUCCAUCGCCACAGCGGCAGUCACCCCACGUGUCCAGCCUGCACAAUCCACAUGCCUCCCCAUCUCCUCAUCAUACACCCUCGCCGCACAACAGCUUCCAACCACAUUCGCCGACUUAUCCACCACCACCGCCUCCGCCACCGCCACCGCAGCAGCAACAGCAGCAGCAGUCGUCGGCUUCGUCAAGGUCGACAUCACAAUCGUACAAUCUGCCACCGGUCACUUCGCAACACUAUCAAACGAAUUACGUGGCGGCGGUUCGUGACGCGGCGAUGGGGUUGCCUUACGCACCGCCGCCACCGUCCCAGUCUUCGUACCAUUCCUUCCAGAAGAACCCACAACCGGAGUCUCAAGGGAAUAACUACUACUCUCAGCCAAGUCGGUCUCACAAUCAGUCUUACAGUAUGCAGCAGAUGCUGGUACCGCAGACGGUAUACCCUAAUACUCCCGGUAACAACAAUCUAGGUAACUAUCAGCAAAAUGUCAGUAAGCAUGCGACGUAUAACGGCGCGGAUGCUACGAAGAGAGGGGCGAUUGACGUUACGACGAUACCUUAUGGUACGCAUCGGUCACCCACGCAGAGGAGUGGUAACACGCAUAACCUGCCGCCUAUCGCCGCUCUUUCGUCUUAUCAUUCCAACAGGCGAGAACUAUUGGGAAAAUCGGCGCAAACAACAGUACGACAACGAAUACAUUCGACGAAUGCAACCAACAAAGUCCCGUCCGUCGUGAUGCCGCCUUCGUCUAUAACGAUACCUCCUCAGAGGCUUGCCGAGUAUCCAAUGACUCCGGUCUCGGCUAUAAACCAUGCGAUACCGGUGAAUGGUAGAACAACCACUGUGACGAACAUGACGUACGGUUCGCGAUAUACUGGCCAACAAAGCUACCCAUCAUCGACGUAUGCCACCACAAUAGCGCCCAGUCAUCAUGGUAACAAUUCCGCUAAUAGCACUACAGUAACGACUAUCAGUAGUCAUAGUGGUUCAGGUGGUGCGAGGUCUUCCGUUCCAUCGAUCCACGCGUAUCAGUCUUCCGACGAAUCGGAUCGGUCAGCGGGAUCAUCGUCAUAUCAUCAACCACCGACACGAAUAACGACUGAGGGCUAUGCCUAUAAAGAACAUCCUUAUCAGAAUCCAGCGUCAUCCGGUAGUAGUCAAGCAACUUCGGUCGCCACUAUGGCAAGUUCUCCGUCGCCGAGUAAUGCAGUUCGGAAGAGGGAAUCUCCUCUGGACUUGUCUGUAAAAACAGUUAAGACAUCGGCUGAUUCUACGGCGCAGGAUGAUCUUGAGACUGUCAGCAUCGAUAAACAUGUCAGUAGCUCAAAUCUGAGUACAUCUAGGAACAAUGUGAACAGGCCGAUGCCACCUCCGGCUGUCAUGCAUCAAUCGGCACCAGUACAACCGUCAUACGCGUCGUCGUAUGAUAGGCCUUCGAGUAACAGUUCGAGAAAUUCCAUGCAAGUGACCUGCGUUCGGGCAUCGACGCCUCAAACGGUGUGUGCGCCCAAAGUCGACUUUCUGCCAGAUUUUACUUCGACGCCGCUACGUCAGCCGCACCACGACAGUUCUCUUCGCAGAAGUACUCCGCAGCAUCCGCAACAGCUUUACGUUCCAUCCGCCCAGUCUCUCUCAUCCCAUCACACCAACACCUCUCCACUGCCUCAUAUGUCCACGUUCAAGAAACGUCCACUGCCCACGUCGCCGUACGACGGUCUGACGAUACCACCGCCACCGUCAUCCUCAUCAUCAUCGACGUCUGCGUCUUCAUCGUACCUCCAAACAAAUGAUUCUGUAUCCUCGAGGUUUUCCAAGUAUCACUCGAUGAUGGAUUCAUCUCCGCGACUUGGUCCGCCCACAUUGCCCGCACAAGAUUACCCACCCGACUCGAGCUAUUAUUUAGCGGACAGUAGGGCAAAGUUCGAUCAGCAAUUUCCUCAGCGCGAACGGUCACUCAAAAGAACUGGAGAGGCAAUUUAUAGUAUAGGGAAUCCUAACAAACAGUCCAGAGCUGCUUGGCGAGUACCGAGUACUGAUAAACAAAUUAUUGAGUCGAAACUAUCGACUACAGGUGCGCAGAACGAACAACAAAAACGGCAAGAGAUGAAUUUGUCGGUUCCUCUGCCAAAUGGAGCUUUGACGACAUCAUCUGGCGAUCAUAGAACCGACAAUGGUAGUUAUUCGACGCCAGAAUCCAGAUAUCAAUCGAUAUACUGUGAUAAAAGGACCUAUCCGGAGUCCAAAAUCAUACGCAGUUCGUCGUCAUCGUACAAUCAUCCAGUUAUUUCGAAAUCCGCGAGUGUACAUCCAUUACCGCAACAAUUGAGCAGUGCACAACUUACCUACCCAAAUUAUCGCCAGUCAAUUCAGAAGAUGGCAUGUCCCUCGAGCGGGAUGUCCAGUGGCCAAUCGAUAGAUCAACCUAGCAAUACUGGUGCCGACAAGAGGGUGCUCAACCUGCUGAGGAACAGCUUGGAAAACAAGCAACAAAGGGAUGAACAGCUCAAUAGUCAGCAGCCUAUUUUGGUUAAUCACAGUCAACAGAGCUUCCAGAAUAAGGUCGUCGCACCAGUCGAGCCCAAGAGCAUCGGCAGGCACAAUCUGUCACCAUUCACGGCGGCGAGUUUGCUCGAGCGUAACAGCAACACACCGCCACAUUACAAGUUGCACGUUCCACGAGCAAUAGACUCGAUCACUCAGGAAGUGCCACGUAGCAUGUAUGCCUCAAGAGUGAACGCAUCUGCCACGCUACCCGGCAAGGAAGCCUCCCUCGCGGGACCACGUGGCGCCGAGAACCAAAUCCAUCGUGACAAGGACGACGGUCUUGCCGCUAUCUUAGCUGCGAAGAUCAGGACGAAGGCGGAACUGAAACAAGUCGGGACCGGCCAAUUUACAACGAAAACAUCUUCCAUACCUCCUCAAGAUGUGUCAUCGACGCCGAGAGAAAUCGAUAGUGCGGCUUCGACGUCGACACCACAGUCUGGUUCGUCCGCAGGUAGCCCACCGAAAUUAACACGCGAGAAAACGGUCUCUUUGCCGCCCAGAAGACGUUUGUUUUCGAGAACCGAUGAGGAAAACGUACCGGUAACCGUGCCUGUUGCCGCCACGGUCGCGUCCACAGUCCCGGCUAGAGCGAGCGGAUGUAGGAGUUCUUCCGAAACAUCAGUCUUUGAUUUCCGGGAGAGUGACUCCGAAAGCGAGAUGCCAGUUCUCGAGCGACAAACCUUGGAGGAAAUGAGAAGAGAUAGAAAGCAGUUAUCCAAAGUGCAACCUCCGAUACCUCUCAAUGAUGCUGUAUGUAUGAAUAUGGCAUCUUCUACGGAUCUCGUGAAGAUAGAGCUAAAGGAGAACGAUAAAAUUAACGACAUGGAUCCAUUCUGGAGUAACGCCUGUGAUAAGUUUAUGGAGCAAUUACGCGCGGGCGAUGCCGUAAAGAAACGUGGACGUAGAAAAAAAGUGAGUGGUAUCGCAACAUCGAAACUUGAAGACGCAGUUAACGAUAGCGACAAGGAAUCGGAUACCAAUGCAUCGCAUUCUCGAAUCAAGCCCGAAGACAUCAAGAAGGGGAUAUUUAAUAAGGAUCCAUCUAAUAAAGAUGAUACAAAUUCGAUUUUCAAGGACGUUAAGAUUAAGACAGAGCCCGGAUUGAGGAAGGAAGACGAUAAACACUCAAGCGAUGAUUCAGACGAGGUACCGUUAAUUAAAAGAACAAGACAGGAAGUGAAGAAGGAAGAUAGUGAUUGUGAUGAGGAAGUGAUAUGCCGAAGAAGACGAAUUCGUAGAAUUAAGCUUGAAUCUUCCAGUGGUAGCGAAUCCUCGAGCGAGGACAGUGAUGCUAGUACCAUAUUUGGUCAUGGUUCUUCAGUUGCUGACAGACUUCGAGCUAGGAAACGAUCUAUAGCUAAUGUAUCUGAAGGUAUGAAGCUUCGUUCGAGAGACACUACUCCUCAUAAGGCAAAAACAGAGAAGGAAUCCAAAUUGUCGCCUCCUAAAGGUGGAGCGUCUCAAAAAGCGAAGCCAAAACCGUUAUUCGGUGACGGUAGUGAUUUUAGACCUGGUUGGGAAGAGGAGGUUUACGUUUACAAAAAAUCUCUAAGAAUGCCACCCAGAUUGAUUACAGUGUCAAAACCAUCGCGUUUUCACCGACUAUCCACGUCAUUGCCAGAUUUAGAUCCUGGUUCGCCGGCAUUGUCUGUCUCGAUGGAUAGUUCCGACGUGUGUCUCAGCCGUAAUAAGAGAGACAGUGACAUGGAAUCUAAUUACAGUUUCAGCAUUAUGGGACUUGGCAGUAAGAUUGAUGACGAAGAGGCGACUUCAUCAACAACAGUUUCUUGUCCUCCGAAGGCAAUGAUGAAACAUUUCCGAUCGGAUAACAAUUCUAUUGUCGAUGUUCUCGCGCAGAAAGUCGGUGGUAGUCAGAAAGAUUCAAAAAAGAAACAUAAUCUGAAAAGUAAUAAGAGCAGUAACGUUAAUAAAAGUAGUAACGAACCGGAACUUUUACCAACUCCAAGUCUUGCACCGCUUCUGUCGUCCGAAACAUCAAAGAGCCCUAAAAACAAGAUUGCAUUGAAGAAUAAUAGAAACCCGAUUAAAGUUACCAAUUCCGUCCUCCUCGGUUAUUUCCGCAAAGAGACGGUGAAUAAUUUCCGUGACGCAUUCAAGAACAAUCACACAUUGCCCAAUGAAUUCUCCACUCUAGUAUUGAAGAGUAGAACCAGAACGGAGACGAAAGUCUUGAAGAAGGAAACUACUAUUCGUGAAGUGUUCGGCGAGGAUAGGCCUGCGUCAGCCCCGCCGAUGCAGAAUCGCGAUGACACAUCGCAAGAUGACGAUUCGCAGAAUGAAACGCCGGAGAAUGCAUUAGGCAAGGUACGAACAUUAAAACAAAAAGUGGUGUCUCGUUUGAGGAACGCUGGUAUACUGCGAAGUCACAAAGCUAUUGCGAAUUCGAAACGUCAUCUAUUAACUGUUGAGAGGCGAAAGGAUCUCCUCAAAUCACUUGCUAAUAAGAAACUACAUCGUAUUAAGACUGAGAUAGAGCAAGAAGAGACAAACGACAUCAGAGAAGAGGAAACUAACGAGAUAGAAGAUGAUAAGAACGAUUUGGAGACUCGUCAUAAAAAGAAGUUGAAACUUCGACCUGGCCGACGAAAAUUCCGUUCUGGAUUUGAUUAUAUUCGUAAGAAGAAGAAGCCAUUAAAAAAAGACGAGGCAUUGCCAAAGGAAAGGAAGAGACAAAGUCAAGCUAACAAACCAAGCCCGGAGUGCGUAGCCGAUAUUCAGUCUGAGAUUAGAACGUGGGUUAUCAAGAAGGGCGUCGGGGAAACCAUAUUACACCGCGCUGCCCGUCUCGGUUACACGGACGUGACUGCUUAUUGUCUGGAGAAGCUCAAUAGUGCGCCGAGUCCUAAAGAUAACGCGGGAUAUACACCACUUCAUGAGGCGUGCUCCAAGGGUCAUCUGGAGAUCGCAAAACUCUUAUUGGCUUACGGUGCGAACGUAAGCGAGAGUGCUAAUGGUGGUAUCAGACCACUUCAUGAAGCGGCGGAGAAUGGUGCUACAGAACUUGUGCGAUUGCUAUUGUCAUACGGUGCCGAUCCAUUAUUGGCUACUUAUUCCGGACAAACGCCUUUGAUGUUAGCUGUUGAUACCGAUGCUAAUGCCAUUCUAGAACAGCACCUGGCUGAUAUCCAAGGUCGUACCACUGUGCCAUGGUCAUUCGCUGGUCCAUGUUCAAUUUUUGAUCCAGAAGAGACGGGCUACAAUCCUCUCGAUGAUGUUCCAUCGGACAAUCCUGAAUCAGAUGAACUAGAUGAUAUCGAAAUGGAAGUAAGCGACAUCAACUUGCCUGUCUUGUUCACCUUGAACAAUGAUCCCGACAAAUGGGUGCUGCUUCAAGAUCUUAUGGCGAUUUUGAAGAUAAAGAGUCGCGAUGCUCUUCUCCGUCAAAUUAAUCCGAAAGCACAUUCUGGACCGCCUGCAAUCGCGCAUCGUGAGGUGAUGCGUGAGCUAAAAUUGCCAGAUUUUUUGGAACAAUCUCGUUGUUGUCACCUAUUGAGCGGCGGCGAAAGGAUUAAUGUGCGUGGUUCCAAGGUCAUUCUUAUCAAGUACAACGACAAAGUGAAAUCUCUGUUGAACGUAGAGAAAGUGCUAAUCAGCCUUAGGUGACAAGAGGCUUCUCUGGGGCGAUCAUCUCCCCAGAUAUCGAAACCAUCAACUUCGAUUUCAGCCAAGGAACAUCAGAAAAAAGUUGAAGGCAAAGCUGUAAAACGCGAGCGGCAACAUGGAAGAAAACGACAAGAAACACGUAACAAAAAUUCUGCGGAUUGAGCGAUUUAUUCUUUAACCGAUGCCCUAUCAAAAUAUAAUUAAAAUUAUAUAAAAAUAUAGCGAUUUUUAAGAAUUAUAUUGCUGAACAAUGAAUAAUAUUAUAAGAAUAGAUCAUUUUGAUUAUUUUAUGAAGCAUCGAGAAAAAUGAUCAGGUUACUGUUAUGAAAAUAAUCUUAAAAUCUGAUGCAAAUUUGUUUGUCUGGAAAACUCGUCUCUGAAGAAAGAAAGACUGAUCGAUACAACAAUGAAGAUCGGUGCUUUUACGUGUCUAAAGACUGACUUCUCGAUUUAUCUUAUGUUUCGAAGGUAAAUCGAACCGAUACUUUACUCCUCUCGAUCUCUUACAGUGCAGAAUAUAACGAAAUGGAGCUUGACUAAAGUGAUAAGAGAUACGCACAUAUAAUCGGUUCCGUUCCUUCAUUCAAGUGAUGAAUUUGUCAAUCGAAAUAAAGAAAAUCGGUAUUCCCGAUCGGUAAUCCCGAUAUUAUGCCGGGAGCGUAACGCGCAAUUAAAUUAACUUCGAAGCACAUAGCUGUGCAAAUGCAAUUUUAAACAAAACUAUCUACUAUUUAAUGCGCAGCUAAGAGUGGGGAAACAACUACCUGUGACAUUAUAUAGCAGUAUUGAAUUGGGAUAUAUAUAUAUAUAUAUACGUAAUAUAUCCAUAGAAUGAGAAUAUUUUAUUAAUUCUCUUAAGGACUGAACAAAUAAUCAGAAGUUUGUUAAUGUAACGUUUAUAAGCGAAUGAAAAGAGGGAGACAUGUUGUUUUGUGAGUGAUUAAGGCGACGGGAAAACGAAUUCUUUGAGAGUAGAUUUUUCUCAAUCGUUGAACCAAGUCUCGGAAUAGUAAUAAUAAAAAUAAUAAUAACAUAAAUAGUAAUAAUUAUAUUAAGAGUGCGAGAAAACGUAGCUGUCAUACCAGAUAUAUUUUUAUCUCGUACGUGGCUUCAAGAAGUUUCUCUGUUUUUAAGGGACUUCUCUCCGAGAUUUGUAGAAUUAAAAUGCGCGCCCGUGUGCGAAUAUUAGUUUUCCUCUUUGAACUAUUACCGAACGCGUCAUUGGAAGAGUCGACGUUAAGAGAGUGUAACAUAAUUACUAUCGCAAACGAUAACGUUACCACAGUUUAGUCUUUGUUUUUUCCUUAUGUUAUAAAAGAGUUUUGUAUAUUAUAUGCCGUGUGAGUUAUAUUUAUGAAAUGUGUUAAUUGACCAUUCGAAUAGGUGCUUGAAAUGCUAAAUGAGUUGAAUUUCAAUUCAUUGAGUUCAGAAUAUUUGAUCCAUUAAGAAGACACCGUCAUACAUAUUAAAGGUGCAUAUCUGUUGUCUAGUUCUAUUUU